UUGUGUUUUAUGACAUGUCAAUGUCAACGAGGCUUUUAAACAUUAAUGUGAAUGUAGUAUGUGGUGUAGUUAGUAGAAAAUUUUUCUCUCGCGUUUUUUUCCUAAGGCGUGAUAAAAAAUCGUACACUUCUGAUAAACUGUUCAAAAAUAUAAAGAAACCUUGCAAUCAUCUGUCAAAAUUCAAGAAAUACUGCCCGACUUUUGUUUGCGGGUAUCACUCCUUACAAGUAUCAGUUGUGCAAGAGUUUGGAUGUUCGAGAAAUUAUUUCAACUUUGUUAAUCAGAAACCCCUGGGAAAAAUGUCUGAAAGAAAAAUAUUCAAGAGGUUACCAGAAAACAUCAAACCCAAAUACUACAAGUUAUUUAUUACACCAAAUCUGAAAUUGUUGACGUUUCAAGGAGAUGUCACCAUUGAAAUUGAGGUUGUGAAAAGUACUGAUAAUGUAGUACUUAAUGCUCUAGACUUAUCAUUUGAAUCUGUAAAGGUAACAAAUAAUCAAGAGAGUAUACCGAAUACAGUGGAAAUAUGUCCAGAAGACGAAACAAUGACUUUGAAAAUGGCUUCCCCCCUUUCUCCUGGUACUUAUACAUUGAACAUUGCCUUCACUGGAGAAAUCAAUGACAAAAUGAAAGGAUUAUAUAGGUACGUCAUAAUUUACUGUAACUCCGAAUAUAUGUGAAUAUUGUCACUGUUU